CCCCAAAGUAGCGCUGCAAUAAACUGCAUUUCUCCGCCGGCUCGCGCGCUAGGCACCCUCGGGGGCUCGAAGGAAGCAGGUGACGGCCGCUGCCCACCCUCGUCCCCUCCAGGCCGCCGCUCUCUGGCUCACCGCAGCCCCGAUACCCCUGCCCCCACCCUGGAUUUUUUUUUUUUCUUUCUCCCAAACCUCCAAACAGGAAAUAGCUUGAGUCACAAUAAUACACAGGAGCAGCGGCCGAGGCCACUCGCGCCCGCCCACUCCCUGGGCCGCCUCCAGCACUCCGGCUCCGCGAGGCACCGCCGGCGACGCGCGCGGGGAGCGCAGUAGACACCGGCCCAGCAGCCGGCGCCGCGUCGGAGGCUCCCAGGCGCCCGUCAGAGCCGCCUUCGCCCUGCCCCCGACUCCGCCGACUGCGGCCGCCACCCGCCUCCAGGGUGCGAAGUACCACAUUAUUAUCGUCUCCCUGUGAGUGGGAUUGGCACCCCAGCAGCACCUCCUGGCACAAGUGCUCCAGGAAACACAGACUAGUGCCGGUUGACAGCCUGCUUUACCAGGCCCCAGGCAUGGAGGAGUUGAUAUGGGAACAGUACACUGUGACCCUACAGAAGGAUUCCAAGAGAGGAUUUGGAAUUGCAGUGUCCGGAGGCAGAGACAACCCACACUUUGAAAAUGGGGAGACAUCAAUCGUCAUUUCUGACGUGCUCCCGGGUGGGCCCGCCGAUGGGCUGCUUCAAGAAAAUGACAGGGUGGUCAUGGUUAACGGCACCCCCAUGGAAGACGUGCUCCAUUCAUUUGCUGUUCAGCAGCUGAGGAAAAGUGGGAAGAUCGCUGCCAUUGUGGUCAAGAGGCCCCGGAAGGUCCAGCUGGCCCCGCCGCAGGGCAGCCCUCCCGUCCACGGGCACGACCGGGCUUUCGAGCUGCUGGACGAGUUUGAUGGCAGAAGCGCGCGCAGCGGGUACAGCGAGAGGAGCCGGCCCAGCAGCCGCGGAGGGCGCAGCCGCAGCUGGGAGGACAGCCCGGAGAGGGGUCGUCCCCACGACCGGGGGCACAGCCGGGAGCGGGACCGCAGCCGCGGCCGGAGCCUGGAGCGGGGCCUGGACCACGACGACAGCUACUACGUGCGAGCCCGAGAGCGCAGCCGUGGCCGCAGCCUCGAGCGGGGCCUGGACCACGGCGACGAUGACUACCGGCGAGCCCGGCAGAGCAGCCGCGGCCGGAGCAUUGACCGGACCUACGAUCGCGCCUACAGCCCGGAGGGGGAGUAUGGUCGCAGGGCCCAGCCCGAUGCCCGGUACGGGGCGUCCCGGAGCCACAGCCGCGAGCACCUCCACUCCCGCAGCCCCAGCCCAGAGCCACAGGGGCGGCUGGACUCGGACAGGCCCAUCGGGGUCCUUCUGAUGAAAAGCAAAGCCAAUGAAGAGUAUGGUCUCCGGCUCGGGAGUCAGAUCUUCAUAAAGGAAAUGACCGGAACAGGUCUAGCAUCUAAAGAUGGCAACCUGCAUGAAGGAGACAUAAUUCUCAAGAUAAAUGGAACCGUAACUGAGAACAUGUCUUUAACGGAUGCUCGAAAACUGAUAGAAAAGUCAAGAGGAAAACUCCAGCUCGUGGUGUUGCGGGACAGCAAGCAGACGCUCAUCAACAUCCCCUCAUUAAAUGACAGCGACUCAGAAAUAGAAGAUAUCUCAGAAAUAGAGUCAAACCGAUCAUUUUCUCCGGAGGAGAGACAACAGCAGUAUUCCGAUUAUGAUUAUCAUUCCUCGAAUGAAAAGCUGAAGGAAAGACCAAAUUCAAGAGAGGACACGCAUAGCAGAUGGUCCAGGAUGGGCGCCACACCUGCUCCCUUUAAGUCCACUGGGGAUAUUGCAGCUGCAGUGAGCACAGAGCCCAGCAAGGAACCCACAUACCAAGAGGAAGCCCCAGCUCCUCCACCAAAACCAGCCCCAAGAACUGUUCUUCGUCCGAGUCCUGAAGAUUUAGCAAUAUAUGGCCCCAGUACCAAAAUGGUGAGGUUCAAGAAGGGAGACAACGUGGGCCUCCGGUUGGCCGGUGGCAAUGAUGUCGGGAUAUUUGUGGCCGGCAUUCAAGAGGGUACCUCAGCGGAGCAAGAAGGUCUUCAAGAAGGGGACCAGAUUCUGAAGGUGAACACACAGGAUUUCAGAGGGCUCGUUCGGGAGGAUGCCGUUCUCUACCUGUUAGAAAUCCCCAAAGGCGAAAUGGUGACCAUUUUAGCGCAGAGCCGAGCUGAUGUGUAUAGAGACAUACUGGCUUGUGGCAGAGGGGAUUCAUUUUUUAUAAGAAGCCACUUUGAAUGUGAGAAAGAAACUCCACAGAGCCUGGCCUUCACCAGAGGGGAGGUCUUCCGUGUGGUAGAUACGCUGUACGAUGGGAAACUGGGCCACUGGCUGGCCGUGAGGAUCGGAAAUGAAUUGGAGAAAGGCUUAAUCCCCAACAAAAGCAGAGCAGAACAAAUGGCCAGCGUUCAGACUGCGCAGAGAGACAGCACUGGGGACAGGGCAGACUUCUGGAGGAUGCGCGGCCAGAGAUCGGGCAUAAAGAAGAACCUACGGAAGAGUCGGGAAGACCUGACGGCCGCUGUGUCAGUCAGCACCAAGUUCCCGGCUUACGAGAGGGUUUUGCUUCGAGAAGCUGGUUUCAAGAGACCUGUGGUCUUAUUUGGCCCCAUAGCAGAUAUAGCCCUGGAGACGUUGGCAAAUGAGUUGCCUGACCUGUUCCAAACUGCUAAAACAGAACCAAGAGACGCGGGAUCUGAGAAAUCCAGCGGGGUGGUGCGGUUAAACACCGUGAGGCAAAUUAUUGAACAGGAAAAGCAUGCGCUCCUGGAUGUGACUCCUAAAGCCGUGGACCUGUUGAAUUAUACUCAGUGGUUCCCGAUUGUGAUUUUUUUCAACCCAGACUCUAGACAAGGUGUCAAAACCAUGAGACAGAGGUUGAAUCCAUCAUCCAACAAAAGUUCUCGGAAGCUAUUCGACCAAGCCAACAAGCUUAAAAAAACUUGUGCACAUCUUUUCACAGCUACAAUCAACCUAAAUUCAGCCAACAAUAGCUGGUUUGGCAGCCUGAAGGACACGAUUCAGCAUCAGCAAGGAGAAGCAGUUUGGGUCUCCGAAGGAAAGAUGGAAGGGAUGGAUGAUGACCCCGAAGACCGCAUGUCCUACUUAACCGCCAUGGGCGCGGACUAUCUGAGUUGCGACAGCCGCCUCAUCAGUGACUUUGAAGACACCGACGGCGAAGGAGGUGCCUACACUGACAAUGAGCUGGAUGAGCCGGCUGAGGAGCCGCUGGUGUCUGCCAUCACCCGCUCCUCGGAGCCGGUGCAGCACGAGGAGGUCAAAACCCAAAACAAAGAAGAAUCCAUUGACUUCUCUAGAUCCUAUGAAUACAAGUCAAACCCCUCAGCUGUUGCCGGUGAUGAAAUUCCCGGGACAUCUACCAAAGGAUGUCCACCUCCUAUUGCAGCAAAACCCACCUUUGGACGGCCUAUACUGAAGCCCUUCACUCCCAUCCCUCCCCCAGAGAGUGAGGAGGUGGGAGAGGGCAGUGAGGAGCAGGACAGCGCCCCCAAGUCUGUCCUGGGCAAAGUAAAAAUAUUUGAGAAGAUGGAUCACAAGGCGAGAUUACAGAGAAUGCAAGAGCUCCAAGAAGCGCAGAAUGCAAGGAUUGAAAUUGCUCAGAAGCAUCCUGAUAUCUAUGCAGUUCCAAUCAAAACACACAAGCCGGAGCCCGGCCCGCCCCAGUACACAAGUUCCAGGCCCCCCGAGCCGCAGAAAGGUCCUGCCAGACUUUAUCAGGAUCCCAGAGGAAGUUAUGGCAGUGACGCCGAGGAGGAAGAAUACCGGCAGCAGCUGUCGGAACACUCAAAACGCAGUUAUUACAGCCAGCAUUCCCAAUACCGGGACACGGAAUUAUAGAUGCCCGAGGAUUGACCCUGGUGCGCCCCGCUGCCGCCCCCUCAGAGCAGCAUUCCCACCAACCGUGGGAGGAUGGUUCUUUGCAGUUUUGAUGCACUGUGGAGAUGUAGGGGCACUUCCUGGGGAGCCCAGGGGACUGAGUCUGGGGAGCUUAUGGCUUUUGGCUCAGAAUUCAGAGAAACACUACCGUCUGAUACUGUUACCUGCUUCAGUGGACCAAAAUCUGUAUUAAUUCUGUUUGCGUAUUUUUAACAUAUAUAUUAAGAAAUGAUAACUAUUUUUCCUCAUUAAUAGCUGCCUUCCAGGACCGUUUCAAUGAGAGACAGAAUGUGAAAAAAAUAAAUAAAAAUACUGUCUGACUCAAACUGAAUUCAAAGAAGCAUUUUAUUACAACUAUGUAAGUGCCUUUGAUGAGAAGUGUCUUAAAUUUUCUUCUUUUGAAGCUUUAUGCAAAGCCAUAAUGGACUAAAACAUUUUGACUAAAUUUUUAUACCAGUUUAAGAGCUAUGGUUUUCUCCGCACUGUGUCAUCUUUUCAAGACAUUUGUCUUUGUAAUAUUUUCCAUAAAUUCUGACUGUAUAUAUAAUAGCUAUACUUGGUAGUUUGGCUACCAGUGCUAAAUAGCUUGAAGACCAAGAAGUAUUUUGUCUGUCUGUUUAAAACCACGUGUUCCACGAAAGCAGAUACUUGAGAAAAACACAUUCCCAAAAGUGUGUGUAUUGACUGCAGUCAGUUUUAUAAUUUAAUAAAAAGGAGAACAUUGUAAUCAA